UUUCUUAAUCAUUAAUUUCCACCCUCAACAAAAAAUGUCAGACGAUGGCUGCAAAAUCAAAGACUGCAACAAAAACUUAGCUCCUAUGUCACACUCAAAUCAUUGAAUAAAUAUGCUAGCAACAACAAUAUAUAGACAAUAAUAAACUAACCAAUUGAUAUCAAUAAAAACAAAAAAGAGAAGGCGAGAAUCGGAGAAAGAGCGAUAUAUAUCGAAAUGCGGGCCGUAUACGACUUGUUGCUGAGCAACGCCUUUGAUCCCAGAAUGGUGCUACAGAACCACAACACAGUGGUGGCUCGCUCCACUUUGACGCCGAACAGCAGCAGCCAGAACUUUGGCUCCCAUUCGCUGGGAGGAUCGGCCAACGGAUCGGGAUCCGGGAGGAGUCCUCUGAACGCCGGGCCCAGCACCCAGCGCCCCAUCGUGGACCUCCUGGUGGCCAUGGUGGCCGUGCCCGUGCUGAUCCUCUGCGCCCUCCAGCUGGAGAAGAACCUCAGGGACACUAGCGAGGAGUCCCGCUGGCUGGUCUUCGCCCUGGGCAUCGGAAUGCUGGUGAUCAGCGUGAUCAUCUGCGGAUAUGUCACGCACCGCAUGGGCGUCUGCAUUUGGGCGGGACCCAUCGACGAGGCGGGAAAUCGGAGCACCAAUGGAACCCUACCAAAUAUCAACUCCCAGAACGAUGUGCUGCGUAUUGUGGACUCACUGCCGCCGAGUUACGACAGUGUGGUCAAGUUCGAGCUGCCGCCGCCGGCCUACGACUGCCUGGUUAUAGACAUGGAUCAGUGCAAGGAUCUGGAGCCGCCGCAGACCUCCGCCAAGCCAGGAGCAGGGGGAUCCAACUCGCCACCCGGGGCCACGCUGCACAUCUAGGGAAAUGGAGAAGGAUUUGGAAGGAGGAGAGAGAAUAAGAGAUUUUUUCCCAAUUGGCAGCGCAAUGGAUAUCUGUACUUGACCCGAUUGAAAACCACAGGCAAACAAAUCUAUACCUACGAUUUCGAUAAGUGGUAUUCUAACAUCUCUUGUGAAAUGUUUUAGAAUUCCCAAAAACUUACAGCUGAAUACCGCCAUUUAUCUAUCUAUUUGUAAAGUUUGGCAAAACUUUGGUAGCUUGGCAAAGCAUUAUGGCAUUGUAUUUACUUUGAUUUUAAGCAGCUAAGUAUUUUAACUCGUAGAGCCCAUCAAUUUGCUCGCAUUGUACAUAGAGUUCUUUGAAACACAGCAUCUAGUCCAAAGUUGUAUAUAGCCGAAAAAGAAAUAACUAAACCACAUGAUGCGCCCAUACAAACAUUUAAAGAUAUAUAUUUUUACAUAUAUAUACUUACUGAUUGCCAAUGCAGGGCGGGAAUCAAACUAUAAAACUACAGGGUAGCUCUUAGUCUUAGUCUUAGCUUAACUCCUGUAUAUAAUUAUGUAUAUUACGAUUACACAUAUUAUUAUAGCCAUAACGAUAGCGAUGUCGAUUGCCAACAAAUGUCGGAAAACGUUCAGUGUUGCUUUCCAGAAAUAAAGAAUUCCUAUUAAGUUUAUUGAAAUCUAA